AUAUGUUAUAAUAUCUAUAUUUUCUCCCUGUUGGAACUAUGACUGACGUCAUCGAAUCUAAUUUAUAACAAUCGUCAUGCAGUGGAUGCAAGCAGGCACCGAGUUGAUUAGAGAAGCCGGCAGUCAAUACCUGAGCUCUGGUGAGCUGUCGCAUGACGUGCUGUGUUGCCUCAAUGCCGUCUUCGGCAAGUCACUGAUGCCGGCGCUGCAACUUAUAGACGAGAAGAAGGUUACCAGAGUGACGUCGCCAAGCGGUCGAUGGGUCUUUAGAGUUAGCGGCAGUUCUGGAGUCCCGUACAUUUGCUUGCCAGGCUCAGCCUACUGUCAAUGUCCGGCUUACAAGUACACGGUUGUACUCAAAAGAGAAGCCAUCAUGUGCAAACAUGUCCUCGCUGCACGACUUGCUUCUGAAAUGAACGAGGUUGAAGUCAAGGAAGUGUCGGAUCUCGAUUUGGUUGACAUUAUCGCCGGGAUGGAUUAAUUGGCUGUCAUAUUUUCCAAGA